AUGGCGACACAAGACUCGCGCAGUAUCUUAUUCACACAUAAUCGCCCUCAGCAGGGGUUCCGGUUACUGGAAUUGACCCCAGAGCUGGAAGAACUGCUGACAUCGAAAGAUGCCCCCACACUCGAACUCAAAUCCCCCUCCACGGCCCUCGCCCAAGCAGUCAUCGACCCAAGCGCCCAAGACUACGUAAACCUCUGCACACCAACAAAAACCUACCGAAUGCGCCAAGUCCAAUCCUCAAACUCAAUCCACAUCCUGCGCCCCAGCGCCGGCGAGAUCUCAAAAGCAGACAUCAAAGUCGUCGAAGAAGAAGCCGGCGACGAAGGAACCCUAAACCUCCCCGACGAAGCAGUCACCACAAUUGCAAAAUGCUCUUCAACACUUGAACUGCACAUCCCACCAGGCGGUUUCUCCGCAAUCCCAUUUCUGGAAAAGACCUUGCGGCUGUAUGACCGGCGCAAUGACGACAAUGGAGAUAUAGCCAUGGGUGACUCGGCCGCGUCGCUGGAUCCUCUGGAUGCUGCUGAUAUGCAGAAAAUACGAGAGGCCGUUUGUGUUGAUAUACCCGUAUCGCAAGCGCAAUUUGAACAGGGCUGGAUGGAGCUUUGUGCGUUUGUCGAUGCUGGCGAGGAGGUUGCUUGUUGGCGGCCUUCGGCGCGGGCACGGUUGGGUGUUUGGAGGCGGUUGGUUGAGGGGGCUAUUUUGCAGGGGAUUGAUAUUGAGAAACAGUUCCUUGUUAGGGACUUGUGGAAGUCUGUUCUUGAUGAGGAUGAGGCGGCCGAGCCGCCGUUUCCGCGGCCAUUGCUUGAGGCUGUUGUUAGGCGGAUUUGUGUUGGUGAUGAGCGGCCUGCUUUGGCGGAUGAGGUUAUAUGGGCGAGCUUUGAUAAGGUUGAGUGUGUGCAGUGGGUUGGUGAGACUUAUUUGGCUGCUACUGCCCCAGUGGUUUCGUCUGCCAUUGGGAGGAGCGAAUUCCUGCGUGCGUGGAAGGAUUGUCUUCCUGAAUCGUGGAGAGGAGAGGCGGUGCUAUCCAAGUUGACUAAUGGCUGCUACAAGAGCCCUGAUCCUACGACUAUACACUUUGUCGAGCCCUCUCAGCGGGAGCAGACUGCUAAGGCUGUUCCGACUGGGCCAGCUGCCGCAAAGGCUAAGAAUACCAGGAAUUGGCACGAAUUGCUCAAAGGGCGCCGCUGA